AUGGCCGAACAUCAUACACAUCAUCAUGAUUGUGCAAAAGCAAAUGCAGAUCAUUUUUCAAAAGAAGCACAUACUUAUCGUAAUGAACUAUCAGUUGAAAUAGCAAAACGAUGUGCAGCAGUUAUUCUUAAAAAAUAUUCAUUCGAUUCAAACAGUACUGAAGUACUUGAUUUUGCUUGUGGACCUGGUCUUAUUGCAUUUGAACUUUUACCACAUGUUAAACGUAUCGUUGGUGCUGAUUCAGCAUCAGGAAUGGUAGAAGUUUUUAAUCGUAAUGUUGAAGAACAAGGAAUAUCACUAGAAAAAUUACAUUGUAUUAAAAUUGAUUCUCUUAAAGAUGAUCAAUCAGAUUUUGAUGGAACACUUUUUGAUGUUAUUAUUUGUGUUCAAUCAUAUCAUCAUUUUGAAGAUCCAGUACAUAUGACUCGAGUAUUUGCUAAACAUCUUAAACCAAAAGGACGUUUGAUGGUCAUUGAUUUUGCUAAUGCUGGAAAUAUUGAAGCAGUUUUUGAAAAGAUACAUGGAGAUACUCAUGUAGUUGCUCAUAAACAUGGUUUUACACAUGAACAAAUGAUUGAUAUGUUGAAAACAGCAGAUUUACAAAAUCCUCAAGUAGAGGAUAUUUUUACAAUGUCUAAAUCUGAAAUGAAGAACUAUCAAGGUCAUGAACAUUUUGCAAAAGUUAUGGAUAGUGAUAUUGAUUUUACAUUCCAUUAUUUCAUUGCUUAUGGUGAUAAAGCUUAA